AUGUAUCUCGUCAAAUCAUCUCGGACCGUCUUCAGUAGACGAUCUUACACUCGAAUCCUGUCUCCCCUUCGAUCUUUAUCAAACUCCACUCGGGCAUCUAGCGACCCAUAUCCCCUCCCUUUAUCAUCCCCAGAGCUCAACGCUUUAGCUUCCCGAUCUCCCAACUUGACGCAAGAUGACAAUCUUCCAUGGCCUGAACCGUUAAAGAGACAAGGAGAAGACGAAAAGACUCUUAGGGCGAGACUGGUGUAUCAAACCCGCAAACGGGGAAUGCUAGAAGGUGAUCUCUUGCUGAGCACUUUUGCGAGGGAUCAAUUGGGUUUUAUGACUUUGGAUGAGCUUAGGGAAUUUGAUCAGGCGAAUGAACCAGAUUGGGAUAUCUAUUAUUGGUCCAUAGGAAAGAAACAGCCCCCAGAACGAUGGGCGACUACGAGUUUAUUGGAAAAAUUGCGGAAACAUGCGAAAAACGAGGGAAAGGUGGUGAGAGUCAUGCCUGAUCUGUAG